AUGCUCAAGUUUACCCUUUUUGCGACAUUUUAUCUUUCAAUCAUUUCAUCUACAAUUUACGGAUAUGUGUUCCCUUGUUUGGAUGAAUGUCAUUGCGAUACAGACGACGAAGUAAUCUAUUGCCAUAAUGGCCGUCGAACUACACUUGAGCUGCCGAAAGAUCGUUUACGGGGUUUUGUAGUGAUAGGAUUGACAAAUAAUGCAAUCGAGAAGCUUCCUAACGAAAAUUCCAUUUUGGAAUUAUUCCCGGACCUUCUGGCCAUUGACGUGGAAGGUAAUGCACGAUUUGAUUGCGAAUCGUUGAAAGGAUACAAAGAAAUUAAAAUAUACAGUGAUUGUAACGGGACCGAACCGCUGGUAAAAAGAAAUCAAAGUCCACCGAAUAUUGAAGAGUCGACUGACACAUGCGACUUCCAGUGCCAAGUGAACAAACACUACAGGAUAUUAUACAACUAUAUGGUGAAACUAUGGAAGAUGCUGAAGACGAAGUAUGAUGAUAUUGACAAGGAAAAAAUUAUCAAGGAUGUGAAGAACUUCUUCGUUAAUAUUUCAAGGAAAAUUGAUGAGUUAAGUAUGAAAUAA